AUGCCACCAUCAAAACGUGGACGAAAAAAAAAUGGAACUACAACUAAUGUACAAUCAUCAUCUUUUAAAGAUAUGCUCAAGGAUAUGGCAAAAGUAUCCAGUGUAUCGAUACCUCUUCAAUCUAAAAAAACUCGUAAUACGGAAAGAGGCGAACAGACUUUGACCAGAACAAAAAAGCAAAAAGAUACUUCAGUAAUUGUACAACCAUUAAUACCAGUGGCAAAUAAAAAAAUUGAUUACCAAGAUGUUCCUUUGGAUUUACCGUCCCCUCGUAUACAAAUUUCUGUUGAUGAUGAUAAUAGACUUGAAAAUACUAAUAAUAGAAAGAAAAAAGACGUACACGAAAAGGAAAACGAAAAUACGAUCAAUGAUGAACAAUUAGAUAAUUCAACUGAAUUUGAUGCUAUACCAGUUCAACGAUCUUCAAGAGUUGCUGAAAAACAAUCUACUAAAUCAUCUCAAACUUUUCCAAAGAUUGUAAAACCAAAAAAUAAAUCAACUUCCAUAGAAGAUAUUUUAGCAUCAUCGAAAUCAACAAAUGUAUCAUCAGAAUCUAUAUCAAAUGUGGCAAUUACCGAAGCGGUGACUAGGCGUAAAACAUCGGAGAAAUUUAUCGAUCUACCAAUCAAACGUAAAUACAUUAUUGUUUAUGUAUCAAUUAUCACGUGA